UAAUCUCUGGCCAGAGCUCUUGGGUGACGUAACAAAACAAUAACAGGGAAUUCCAAACGUCAAGUUUAUUAUGAACAUAUAAUUUACCUGUUCGUAAUUGUUAUCAAGAUCAAGUAGGCAUAAACUACUUUAAAAGGGGUAUAAUUUGAUCAGAAUAGCCCAAAAAUUGUUAUACUUGGAACAUAAUUAAUCAAUCAUGUAUAAAAACGUCGAACUUCGCAAGCUACCUGCCGACGCACUGUGCAAAGUUGUAAAUAUUCUAGAGAUUAACGAUGAUUGGAAGAAAUUCAUGUCGAUUAUACCAAAAAGCUUACAAUGUGAUAGUAUUGGAUCCAAAUACAACAAUGAACACAUACGGUUGAUUGAAGAGCAUGCAAAAGCAAAUAAUAUGAAGUGCACAGAGGUACUAAUGGAUGAAUGGGGAACAUCAGGUAGAGUUAGACCAACACUGACACACCUGAAAGAUAUUUUAAAAGAAGCUCAAAUGUAUAGAGCAGCAGAUGAAAUAGCAAAAAUGUUAAAAGAAUCUUUGCCUGAACGUCCAACACAUGGCCCAGCUGCACCUAUUACAACAAAUGUUACAGAAAUUCUAAAUGAUGAAAGUAUGGAACAAAGGUUUAAUAAUAUGGGCUCAGUUAACAAGUCUAAGUUUAAUGAAAUGUGUAACAGAACAACAAGACAAAUGAAGUCUGCAAGUAAUAUGAUUGAGUUUUCCAAAAAUGGUACACAAGAAGCAUUUGAUGUCCACAAUGAAAAAACUCUUAAAUCUGAAAGUGACUUUAUUAAAUUCUCUAAAGAACAGGAAGAAACCCAAGUGUCCAUGAAUGUGCCAGAUAUAAGUGCUCUGUUGAAGUCAAAAAGUAACCAAGUUAUUGAUCAAUCUAGUUAUACAUAUACAGAUUCCGAUGUUUCUCAUACAAGUUAUAAAAGUAAAAGUAAUAAUAUUAAGCACAAUCCAAACAUAUAUCAGACAUCAUUUCCAGAUAUAAACAUUUCCCUGGGAAUAGACAGUGCUAUACUUCAAGAUGAAAAUUUAACCCACUUUGAAUAUAGUGAAUUAGAAAAUAUCACAGGUAACUUUUCCGAAACAUUAAAUGAUGGUCCAAAUGGCUUGAUGGGACGAAUUGGAAGUGGAGGCUUCGGGGAUGUUUUUGUUGGCAAUCAUUACAAGUAUGGAUUACUUGCUGUUAAAAAAGCUCACAGUCAUUUACAAAUAUACCGGAAGCCUGAUAUUGCAAUGAAAGUUUUUAAUACCGAAGUGAAAUACCUUUCACAGUUUAGGCACAAUAACAUUGUUCCCAUAAUAGGAUUUUCUAAAGAUGGCCCAGCACCAUGUAUUGUUUGCGAAUAUAUAGAUGGAGGUUCUUUACAACAAAAUAUUGAAGCAAAGAUCUUAAGUGAAAUCCAAAGGAUUGAUAUAAUGAUAGGGACUGCUGAAGGGUUAAAAUAUUUGCACACCAGCGAGAAACCUUUACAGAGUAAAGAAAGCAGUGCCCUUUUAGGAGUUGUGGGUGAAAUUGAUUCACAGAACACUAUAAAGAAUUUCGUUCAUGGAGAUGUUAAAACAGCUAAUAUUCUACUGACAAAGGAAUAUGUACCAAAGUUAUGUGACUUUGGAUUGGCCAAGCAAUACGACUCAACGUUUGUGACUACGUGUCCUAUGGGUACUUCAGCAUAUAUGGCUCCCGAGGGCAUCCAUGGCACUAUAACACAAAAGAUAGAUAUAUUCAGCUUUGGUAUUGUCUUAUUGGAACUACUUACUGGUUUAAAACCAAUUGUUGCUAAUGAUGGAGAGAAUUUAAAUAUUAAACAUUACGUCGAAGAAAACUCUAUUAAUAAUGAUAUUAGUCCUUUAUUAGAUCCUUGUGUUACAACUUGGUCGAAAGCCAAGGAAAUUUAUAGUUUAGCCCAAAAUUGCUUAGAAUACAAUCGAAAAAGCAGACCUACUAUAACUGAUGUUGCUAAUAUUUUAUACAAAAUAAAGAAUUAAUACUUAAAUUUAUAAUAACUGUUGAAUGUGAUAUAUUCUAUCUUUUAUUUACAUGUACAUUCACCGAUAUAAAUUUCUUGUUUUAUUGUUUCUACACGCGUAUUGAAAUUAUUAUUUUCCAUAUCAAUAGCUUUCUCUAAAUCAGCAAUAAUUUGUUCUUGUUCAUCAGUUUUACAGAGGCUAAUGAUUGUAAUGAGAAGUUUUUGCAUGUGUGUGGCUAUGUCUUCAUCCUUACAUGUAUAUAAAACUUUGAAGAGGAUAGAAAUCAUUUUGUGAUCAGAAUGCAGCUUCCAUAUACACCAACAAUAUCUGAUCCAUUCUUCUAAACACUGAAACAGAAAAUGCUAAUGAUAACAAUAUGCAUAUACAUAUAUAUUAAUAUUUCAUAUAUGUCAAUACCUUGUCUGAAUUGUGUAAAAUAAUUAUUUGUUUCAAUUAACCUUAUCUAUUUCUGGACUAGUUAGUUUAAACAAGACUGAUGAAUGUAUUAUUGUUAUGCUAUUAGAGAAAAGUUUAUAUAUAAUCGUAAAUAGUUAUGUGAGUAUUUACUAGUGAUAACAAAAGUAUUUUCAUGUUGUUCAUUUCAUAUACUUAAAUCGGUAAUGAAAAUAAUUUGUGCAUGAUUUCAGACUUUAUUUAAUUAUGUGUAAUAAUGAAAAAAGAAUGUACUUUUGUAAUGUAACAUAUUUUUCAACUAGUAAAACCCAUAGUUUUAUUAGUGUGGAAUGCACUUUGUGACGAAAAUAUUUCGAAACCUAAAUGACAUAAUCACCUGGUUAUUUCUGCCUGAUAUUGAAAAUUGUAUGUAAACAAAAAUAAAAAAAAUGGCUAAACUAGGAAACCUCCUAGUGGUCAUUUUCACUCUGACAAUCAACUAAUAAUUAAUUAUUAUUCUAUAUUUAAUAAAAGAAUUUUAUUUGUA